AUGGAUUCAUCUCCAGUAGCUCAAGAAACUCCUCAAGUUGUAGAAAAACCUGUGAUUGUUCCUUCUCCGAUAGCUCAAGAGCCCGACAACGAUGUUCCGGCACCGGGAACUCAGUUUGCUGAGUUCGCCGCCGGUUGUUUCUGGGGAGUUGAGCUUGCUUACCAGAGGAUCGAUGGUGUGAUCGAGACAGAGGUUGGUUACACUCAUGGGGUUACGCACAAUCCUUCUUACGAAGAUGUUUGUACCAACACAACGAACCAUGCAGAGGUUGUUAGGGUUCAGUAUGAUCCUAAUGAGUGUACUUAUCAAACUCUUCUUGAUUUGUUUUGGUCUAGGCAUGAUCCAACUACCUUGAAUCGUCAGGGAGAACUUUUGGGAGCGCAAUACCGAUCAGGUAUAUACUUCUACACACCCGAGCAAGAGAAACUAGCACGCGAAUCGCUAGAGCAUCAGCAGACGAAACUUGAGAAGAAGAUUGUGACUGAGAUCUUACCUGCAAAGAAAUUCUACAAAGCUGAAGAAUACCAUCAGCAUUACCUCGCCAAAGGCGGGAUGCAUGGUAAUGCGCAAUCUCCAGCAAAGAGCUGCAAGGACCCUAUCCGAUGCUACGGUUAA